GCCUGAUUAAGGUUCAUUUUUUCAUCUACUAAUCCUCAUUAUUUGGGAAAAAAAAAAGAAAAAAAAAGAAAAUUCAAUAAUUACAACCUACAAGAAUUGCGCUACCUAAAUCCAUUUCAGAUAUAAUCCUACCUGUUUUUAAUGAACCGAACUGAAUGCCAUCCCCAGUUUUGGCUGCGUUCCACUCAUACUCAGCAGAGCAUGGGCAAGGCGGCUGUUGUGUUCUUUUUCUGCAGCAGCAAUGCAAACGUUAGUUAUAAAUUAGACUUUAAUAUUUUUGGUGUUUAAUGACAAGUUUUUAAAACUGGACAUAUUAUUAGGAAAAAAUAUUUUUUUUAGCUCAGCAUGCUGAGUCAGGUACUGUGUAUUUCGCCACUCCAAACCUGUAACUCAGCUUCUUGGGGCCCCAGUUGCCCAGUGGCUGGGGUAGAGGUGCCUUGCCAUGAUCUCAGAAUGCAGUCUGUUGAACUAUUCUGGAUAAAAUUCAAGGCAAACCAACACGUUCACACAUCAGGUUUUCGCUCCAUUCAGUUGAUUUGCAUUUGUUUUAUCUUGCUUUCUUAAUUUCCUUUUGCAUAAUUCUGAGCUUAGGGAAGACAACUGCUAAGAAAGGCCAUGAAUAUAGUUGACGGCACAAGGAAGAAACCAAGCAAAACGUUCGGUAUUGGAUAUAAAGAGUUUCAAAAUGUCUGAUACGAAACUGUUUGGAAAUAUAUUUGUUAGCUCUGUGUAUACUUAAUAAAAUUCAAUGUUUUCUCCUCCGAAGAGUUAACUGAGACCAAACUGAACCUCAUUUAUAGAAAACUCUAUGUGGGAUUAUGUACUGGCCUCUUGUUAUUAUUUCCACGUGGAAGGCUGACCCAGUCGCCAUUUCCCCCCAUCUGCACUGUAUUUUCUUGGAAAUUAUUUUGUCACUGCUUUCCUAAGUCUCCAUGACAGCCCUUGCCCGGCAUUUAAAAAUUUUGGCCUGCUUAGCUGAUUAAAGAUUUAGUAUAAAUUUAACUGUUUAUGCUUACUUCAUUUUCAUAUUGGAUUUCAUUUUAAUAAAUAAAAAGUUAGCAUAACGUUUGGGUAGAUUUAUUGUCAAUAAUGCUAAAGUACGAACAUAACAAAAUCAUUCCUUUGACCAUUCUUGAUUUCCUGUUACACCAUCUUAAGGCCUAUCGUUUUCAACAGGAUGAGUUAAAAUAUGUUAGAUGAGUUUCAUGAACCAACUAUUUAGGGAAGACAUAUAUGCUAUAAUAUGUGGCAAACUAUGAAUUAUUUAACUUGACAUUCCAAUUAGAUGGGCUUAUACACACCGCUCGCCCCAACUCACACACACACACACACACACACACACACCAAACAACCCCACCUAUUUGUUUUUGGUAAUCAGCCCUACUUGCUGGUUUUUUCCCACUGCAAGCCUGUUAAUUGGUUAAAAUUAAGACAAGAUUUAUUUUUGUAAAUGACUGAGACUUAUGUAAAUGUGCAUCUCUGUUUUGUUUUUUAUAUGAGUUGUCUCUAAGGGCAUUUAUCCCUAUGAAUGGAUGUCAAAUACUUUCUUCUAAUAUAUGUUUAGACAUAUUGCAGACGGGUCCUUGUUAUUUGUAAAUUAGACCGUUUCCUCUGUGUCUGGUCUCACCUGUUGCAUGGGACAAGGACAGCACUGGUGAACUGCAUGUAGUAGGACCUACGUAUCAAGAACUGUGGUAUGUAUUAUUCAAUUUACAUACAAAGAGUUUGUCUGCAUUGUACAGUUUCUGUGUUUAAUACCAUUUGUUGUAUUCACACAUACAACAUACUGAAUAAAAUAUUGAUAUGAAGGCAUAUUACAAAACAUCAAACAACUUUAUGUAACAAAAUGGCAUCGCUUCACCCACAAGUAUAGAGAAAUAUCAUGUAAAUAAGUUGGUACACUCAAUUUCCCCCUUUACCAUGCCAAAGAAAAUUUUAGCUCUUUGAUGAUACCUCUCUUGCUAUUUUUCUGGGAUAAGACUCCACCAGUUUUCCCCUCAAAAAUUAAGUUUGCUGUUAUUAAGUAAGUGCAGUCUGUCAUUAUCAAUGUUCUGUAUAGUAAAUCCGAUGGAAUUCAUUUGUAUCUACAGACUGUGUGUUUUGUACCUCCAUGUACAUAUGUCAAUUGCAUCGAGUCUCUCUAAUGUCACAUUCCUUUUGCAUGCAUAUCUGGUAGGGGAGGGUUAUUUCUACUGAUCUGUUAUGGUAGCUGAUGGCUUCACCCAUCCCUCAGCAAUGCUCGGGAAUGUUAAUUGUUUUGAUAUUCCAGGUGACACCGGUUUUAUUUUAAGUUUGCUUUCUACAAUGUUUUGCUACCACCUUACUUGGAAAAACUGCAGAAGCGAUGCAGGUGGUGCACCCUAUGUAAAGAGUAAAAUGGUACCGAGCACCAUGUCCUUACAAAUCCUGCAGACGUUAGAGAUCCUUGCUCUAAAUGGGUGCUCGCCCGGAGGGUUUUGGGGUAGGAGGUGGCGUUAGGAGCUCCACACGGGGCCUGCGAGACUCCUGCUGCAGUCCUUCUCAUUAUUUACCUCCUGGUGAAUCCUUCUCGUUAUUUACCUCCUGGAGAGUGAGCAGAGUAGUUUUAGCACACCUGCCCAGUUGCUCAAUUAAUGCCUAAAGCAUUAAAAACAGUCAGAUGUUUUCGAGAUGACCAAUGUUAGAUUUGGUUUUCUUUUACAAACCAAACCAAAACAAACAAUGAAAACUUCUUGUUCCUGAAGUUAGAACGUGCGUAUUGCUUCACUUAAGGUUUUAGUCCUAAUAUUACAGAGAGAACUAAUGCUUCAGGGAGAGACCAGAUUGACUAAGAGUUCCGUUUUAGAAAGAAAGAAAAUAAUUGAAAACUAUUUCCAAUUUUAUUUCAGAACAAGACUAUUUCCAGGGAAAGCAAUUGGCUAAAUGCCAAUAUACCAACAUCCAGAUGAGAACUGUAUCACUUUGGAGAAAAAUACAAUUCCCAGCUUAAGUUUUUUAGCUUACAAGGGGAUUACACAGGGCCCAUGGACCCUUGGAUACUGAGUAGGGCUUCAAAGUUUUGACAGUCUGCAAACAAAGGCUGAGUUGUGAUUUGUUUUGAUUUGUUCUCAGUUUUCUGUAUCAUUCGGUCUAAUCCCAAUGUUUGCUGGCAGAGAUUGUGUUUGUAUUUGACGUGGUGGAGGCCAUUCCUUUCAAGGUGCCGCAGGCAUUUGGAUUAGCUGAAGGGUGCAGGGAGAAAAUGGGGUAAAAUGUCCUCUUGGGUCUUAGGACCCAAUUCGAAUUAUAUUGAAAAGUCCUUGGGGAAGAAUUCCUCGGUGAUGGUUUGCCAACAAGCAUGGCGCGUGCCAACAGCAGCAGCAAACGUGUCCUGUCACAUCCCUUCCCAGCUGACGUUAAUCUCCCUGUCACAGGAACUCGAACAAGCCGAAGAGAUUCGCACAUUUCCCCUUUCACCUGUUACAAGUUGGUUCCUGCCCUGCCUUUGUUUGAAAGAGGGAGUUUUUAUCUUAGUAACAGGAUUGAAAGUCAAAAUACAAAAUCACAUUGAAGAAGGGUAGGAUUUACGUCUUUACAUGUAACUAUAUUUUAUUUUUUCCAAUUUAAACAUGUAAAUUAAAUAACUUCUUAUCUAUUGAUGUUUGCAUUGCUAGAGUCAAAAUCACAUACACACAUAUGAAAUAUAGCAGACAGAAAGAAGUAAAAAGAAAAUAUUUCUGUUUUAAAAGAAAAAUAUUCCUUAGAGAUUAGGUACCAUGUGACUUAGGCUAUCACUCAGUUUUGGUUCAAUAAUUUGUAGCUAAAUGAACCCGGAAUAUAGCUGACUGUAUUUCCAGCCUUGUCAAAAAAUUUGGACAAAUCACAUUUCAAUCUUCAUAGUAUAAUAAUUUCUCCAUAUUGAAACCUUUUCUCAAAAAAAAAAAAAAAA